AGAAAUCAGAAUUGUAUUCAUGGAUUUAUUAUUACAAACCCAAUAGGUUCCAUUUUCAGUUCUGAAUCCGUUCCCUUUCGCUUCCAACGCAGUGUGUGAAGAGACCAAGCAGUCUUCUUCCUCUUCCGCGUCGCUGUCUUUUCUCUCCUUCUCGAGGUUUCUUCUUCUUCUCCUCCUUCUUCCUCCUCCUCCUCCUCCUCCUCACAGUACACAGUCCUCUAUUGUUUAUUUGGUUCAAUGGAGGCCGCAACCUAUGUGAGGAACCCUCUUCUUUGGAGGCUGAAGCUCAUUCCUCGCCCUCCGCCUCAGUGCAAGUACACUAUCGAUUGCAGUAGCAGUAAGAAGAAGAAGAAUUUUCAUUGUAUCAUCGCCGGAAAAAGAUGCAAUCCGAUUAUUUGCCGCUGCUCCGUCGCCGGAGAGGAGGUCUUCUCGGUCACUUCGUCCUCCAAGUGUGACGUCGAUUAUCUCGGCCAGAGCACCAAAGGCGACUUGAAUCUGAACUCCGGGAUUGAUGCUCAAGCAACGUUAGAGGGUCCGAUUGAGGAGGUUGCCAGGAUGGAAGCUCAAGAAGCCGAGGAUUUGCUCAACCACUUAGGCAUUCCGAGUCCAUUUUCCUCUAGGCAUUCUCCCCGUGGCAUAUUUUGUAGCCGCACAUUGAAUCUUCGGUCAAUAAGCGCCAUUGGAUAUGACAUGGACUACACCUUGAUGCACUACAAUGUGAUGGCUUGGGAGGGACGGGCUUAUGACUAUUGCAUGGAUAAUCUUAAAAACAUGGGAUUUCCUGUUGCUGGACUUGCUUUUGACCCUGAAUUGGUAAUCAGAGGCCUUGUUAUAGACAAGGAGAAAGGUAACUUGGUUAAGGCUGACCGAUUUGGUUACGUGCAGAGGGCUAUGCAUGGCACAAGAAUGCUAUCAACUCGGUCUGUGAGUGAGAUGUAUGGGAGGGAACUAGUGGAUCUGCGGAAGGAGAACCGAUGGGAGUUCCUUAAUACGUUAUUCUCAGUUUCAGAGGCAGUGGCUUAUAUGCAGAUGGUUGACAGAUUGGAUGAAGGAGUUAUACCAACAGAUCUUGGUCCACUUGACUAUAAAGGGCUUUACAAGGCAGUUGGAAGAGCCCUCUUCAGAGCACAUGUAGAAGGUCAGCUUAAGAAUGAGAUAAUGUCCAAGCCUGAACUAUUUGUGGAACCUGAUCCUGAACUUCCUUUGGCACUUCUAGAUCAAAAGGAGGCUGGCAAAAGACUCUUGCUCAUUACCAACUCAGAUUAUCAUUACACAGACAAAAUGAUGCAGCAUUCAUUUAAUAGAUUUCUUCCCAAUGAUAUGGGGUGGCAAGAUUUAUUUGAGAUGGUUAUUGUCUCAGCGAGGAAGCCUGAAUUCUUUCAAAUGUCACACCCAAUGUAUGAAGUGGUGACUGGUGAGGGUCUAAUGCGUCCAUGUUUCAAGGCUCGUCCAGGGGGCUUGUACUCCGGAGGUAGUGCUCAGAUGGUAGAGAAUUCCCUUAAUAUUCAUGGUGAUGAGAUAUUAUAUGUUGGCGACCAUAUAUAUACAGACGUGAGCCAAUCAAAAGUCCAUCUACGAUGGCGGACUGCCUUGAUUUGUAGAGAAUUGGAAGAUGAGUAUAGUGCCUUGAUUUUCAGUCAAGGUCAUCGAGCUGCCCUUAUAGAGCUCAUAAAUCAGAAGGAAAUCGUUGGUGAUCUCUUUAACCAACUCCGGCUGGCUCUGCAAAGAAGAACCAAGGGGCGUCCUGCACAGACCCUUGCUGCAACCAAUAUGGAUGAUCAAGAACUCACCGAAAGCAUGCAAAAGCUACUUAGGGUUAUGCAAGGACUAGAUGAGAAAAUUGCUCCUAUGUUAGAAUCAGAUGGAGAGUGCUUCAACAAAAGGUGGGGUUUUCUUUCACGUGCAGGUCUAUGGGACAAAAGCCACUUAAUGAGACAGAUUGAAAAGUAUGCUGACAUUUAUACUUCAAGGGUCUCAAAUUUUCUUCAUUAUACACCCUUCAUGUAUUUCCGGUCACAGGAGCAGACACUUGCUCAUGAUUCUUACUCCCACCCGCACCCCCAUCCAGACCUUAACUAGCCAGCCCAGCCAUGAUGUUGCUGUUGACAGCUGCAGCAAAUUAAUGGUUGUUCUGCCUCAGCUAAACCCCAAGAAGGCAUUUUUCAUCAUGAAUUCUUUUGACUCUUUUUAGUGGUAACCUACCUAGUGCCAGUGGAAACUAAAAUUACUUAAAAGUACCCCAAUCUCCUGUAUUAGUAUUUCCAAAUUAUACAAGGAAAUGAUGUAAUCUA